AUGAAUUGGACGUCUGGGCAGCUAAAUCGUUCGACGAAAGCCAAUAAAGACCCAGUUCGCAAGAAACAGAACCAGUACUUCGCCCGGCAGCGCAUCAACCAAGGCCCAAAAGCACAUUCUCCUCUGGCGCUCGGUCAUUAUCAGCAAGCGGCACCUGAAGUCGCCUCUGAACCUCCACGCCCAGUGACCAGCCACUUCUUCCCAUCGGACCUCAACAGUUCCCACAACCGCCCAGAAAUCGGAAUAGCUGGUGGCCACAACAGUGCGACUCAUCAGAAAGACAACAGGCGGCCAGAUGAUCCUCUUGAACACGUUCGCCGGCGUCUGCUGAAGCACAGAGAUUGGUCCGGGUUGGCACUCGCACGUCCACGCCCGAUCUCGUUUAGAUCACCGGCAGAGAUGGAUGAGAUUGGUCGACGAAGAAAGGUUUCGAAAACCAACGCAGAGAAGAGUGGCCCGAGACGAGCUCAACGAGAAGAUCGCAGAGUACGUCCAACCGAGACAAAGCUUCGAGCGCUGAGAGAAGGUCAAACCUAUGGGCAUAUAUCUGAACUCGAUCAAAUCGAUUGCAGUAUACGUGUUGGCUCACACAUCCAUCAGACUCAGACUACGGCUAGUGCUGCUCCUAGCAAUGUUGCUGCCACCAAAGAGUCCACGAUUUCUCGUGCAGGCGAAGCUCCUCAGUAUCAGCGCGACCAUGCAGAGCUCAGCCUCGCGGAGAUCUCGGAGGAAAACGUCAAUCCGUUCCUUAUCCCUCUGAGCGAAGCCCGACAGAUGAAGAACUUUGACGAGGUGCAAGACCGCUCGUCCUCGAUUGUUCGCCAGGCGUCGAGCUCAUCAAACCCGUUCGAUGCUACAUCGCAUCGGCAGAGUUGGCCUGGAGGCAAGGACGGAGGGAAUGUUGCUACUGACGCAGCUCAGAGCAAUCACAGAUCCACCCCGACGCUUGACGUCAGUCGACAUUUCUCACAAGCAAAUGGCGAUGAGAGCUCUGAUGCCAUUUUUAGAGACUUGAUUGGUGAUGGUAUUGCAUCGGGAAGGAGUGCCGUUCAAGACCAUCAACACGUUGACGCGACAAGUGCCCGAGCUGGCUCGAGCCGGCUUCUUGUCGACACUCUGCCACGUUUCACGAUCGAUCGUCAGGGCGAUCUCGUAAGUCCUUCCGAGCCGUCACUACCGCCGUUUUCGGGACCACAAGACAUAUCAAAUUCGGUUCCCUCGCAGCAUUCCGGACAAGAGCCACCACGGAAGAGGCAAAAGAUGAUGGACUCAGACACUCCAAAUCUGGACACUUAUCCCAAACACACCCCUUCGGACCCGCCCUCCCUUCACACAAGCCAGAGGGAAUCCACCGCUGACGAAAAUGUCAACAUGCGCGAGCGAUUUCUACAAGCAAAAAAGGAUCAUCAGCUGAGCGCACCGGCAGGGCCUCUCUCGGUUUCGGCCAGGCAGAUGACACCCUUGGGUCGGCGAACGGGAUCUGAGAAUGAGGAAUGGAUGAAAUACGUCUUCCACGAGGAUUUCAAUCGGAGGGUCAAAACCUUUAGCUUCUCACCGCCCACACAUCAACCCCAGGGUGAGAGAUACAGAUCGAAUCCAGCGCCCAUGUAUCAAAGUCUGCCACAAUCACAUCAUCCCGAUCGAUCGGAUCACCAAUCAAUGGGACGUUCUUCAUCGAUCUCGAUACCUACGGGCGUCAAUGCGUCCAUGUACCCAGCAUUUGCGCCGCCUUCACAGAGCGUGCCCAAUCCCUCGCUGCCCUCAGAAACAGAUUUCAUAUCCCGGCUGAGCCCUAUGGAGGGCGUCAUCGACGAUGGGCUCGGGCCUGUGUCGCUCCAUGGCAAUGCAGCUCUGAGUGCUGCCCCAGCCAAGGCUAUGGGCCAGCUCAGAAGCUCAGAAAGUUAUGAGUGGCGAGAGCACGCCGAGUCUUUCUUUGCCACAACAGCGGCUUCGACGCCACUGUGGAUCAACAACGGUGAUACUGGGCGUCUGCCGAACGUUCAGUCUUCGCAGCCACAUGCGGCAUGGAGUCGAGGCAGCAUGAGCCAGCGCAGUAUAAGCCAGCGUAGCGUAUAUCGGGAGCAAUUGCCAUUCGCGAGAACCCAAUUAACGGACUCGGCCGCUCAAAGCACAGGGAAGCUGAUGGGGAAGGCCGGAUGGGAUCAGCGAAGCACUCACGGACUAUUGAGCAGCGCGGCGCAGAGCUUUUGGACCAGCUGA